AUGAAAUUUUUUUCCCACACUUCGCAGCUCCUUUUUUCCAUUUUCUGGCUUGCUAUACUUGUUCUCAGCAUCGAGCCAGGAGAUCUUGGAGUCAAAUGGAAUGUCGAUCUUGCCACUGGACCUACGGACCGUCCACGACGCUGGCAUGUGUGGACCGCAAUUCUUGAGUUUGACGACCUUGUAUCGAAAUUAUUCACGAAUGGGGAAAUAGCUGGGAUAGCUAGAAUGGGCUAUAAAGCCAUGGAAAACAACUAUGCCACCAAGCCAUGGAACGAUCCUAACUUGCCAGCCAAAGUCGACGGGCCAAACAACGUACCAGUAAUGGUGGCCGUAAUAACUUUUGGAAAACGGGUGUACAUAGCGUCACCCAUCAAAGGGAAAAAUCCCCGGGAACCGCUUUAUAAUCAUCUCGACAAAGUGCUUAGAGAGACUCUGCUGGAAUGUCAAUUCGACCUGAAUGCUGAGGGGGAUCAUGAGAAUAUAGGCGCUUGCGGCGAACUCAUGGCUGCACAUAUAGCAAUCCAAUCCGGAAUAGACGCCGACUUGAAAGCAAACGAGGACGGGCAUCGAGGUAUACUGAUUGGUGGAAAGGUACGUCAUCUAAUUAAUGAUGGCUGUGAGGACAUAUUGCCUACGAAGUUUCUCCGCACCGCGACACUCGUAGACGAGAAUCCUUAUACAGUCUAUCGACUUCCGAUCUUGACCUUGUGA